AGAUGUCAUCUAAUCCAGUCAUCAGCUUGAUCAGCUGGCUAUGACUUAGUGUUGUCCACUAUUUAAGACCUCAUCAUCUGACAGUGCAAUCAGAAGUGAAUAGUGUGAGAAUCAUGUGGGCUGACACAAUACUUAUUGUAUUUAUUAGUAUUUGCACAGCAUUAUUGGGUGAAGGAUUAACAUGGCUAAUGGUUUACAGAACAGAAAAAUAUCAGAAAUUGAAAUCAGAGGUCGAAAAACAGAGUAAAAAACUCGAAAAAAGGAAAGAGGCACAUGGAGACUCCUUAGACAAACAACAGAAAAAGAAAAUUGAACGUGAAGAGGAAAGACUGAAGAACAACAAUCGUGAUUUGUCACUGGUUAAAAUGAAAUCAAUGUUUGCCAUUGGUUUCGCUUUCACAGCUUUGUUGAGCAUGUUCAAUAGUAUAUUUGAUGGAAAAAUUGUUGCCAGACUGCCAUUUGUGCCAAUUAGUUGGAUUCAGGGAUUGUCUCAUAGGAAUUUAUCUGGCGAUGACUACACCGAGUGCUCAUUCAUAUUUCUAUAUAUUCUCUGCACGAUGAGCAUCAGACAGUUGAUCCGAGUAAUAGUUUCGGAGAUACAGCCCUGAAAAGACGGACGCUCCAGGUCAGGUAAUUCAAAGUGUCUAGAGCCGUUUAAAGUGUCUAGAGCCGUUUAAAGUGUCUAGAGCCCAGAUAAGCCAGGGUUCGUCAUCGACAGGAGCAAAAGGAUGCCCUGGACAUUGCAGCUGCAGCAGGUUCUCUACUUUAUGGCCCAGGAAUCGACGAUUCAAUGUAAGUUGAAAAAAAAAAAUUUUUUCCCCACUUUUAUUGUCUCCAAAACUUUAAACGCGUUUUUCUCAAAACUAUGUUUUCAAAGUCGGUUGUCAAGAUUUCUCGCGAACUACUCAACCGAUCUUAAUGAAAUUUUACACAAGUCUUCGAGAUAUUAUUUACAAGGUCUUGAACGAAGGAUUUUUUUUUUUUUUAAUUACAACUAUUUAAAAAUUGAAAAAUUUCGAGAAAUUUUCAUCAAAAUUUGCAUUUUUUUAUAAAAAUGUCUGCCAAAAAUCGAAUUUUCAUUUUUUUUUUUUUCCUUCGUCCAAUACCUAGUUUAUUGUCUUUACUAAAACACGAAUUUUUUCCGUUCAUUUCAGAUAAUCCUGAAAGAAGUUCUGCUGACAACGCGGAGGCACCUUUUUUCCGAGGGACUGCCGGAAAUGGCGUCGUAAUGGCCGCCAUCUUGAUAUUUUUUUUUGAAAAUUUUACAAAAUGUUUAUUAAAUAUGUAUCUUUUAAAUAAUAAAAAGUUUCAUCUAAAUAUUUCAUUUUUUACAUGCAAAAAAAAUUAUUGAAAAAAGGCCGUUUUUUGCCCGACGAAA